UGCGCGGGGCCGGGACCGGGAUCGAGAUCAGGAUCGGGACCGGGACCGAGAUUAGGACCGGGACCGGGGAGCAGGGACAGGGGUGGAGUGUCCCCGGCGCAGCGAGGGCCGCUUGCCCCGGUGGCCACCGGCGGCGGUUCCCCGCUGCCCGCGCCGCCGGCUCCGCGGGGCCCGAGUCCCGUUCGGCGCCGCCGCAGCUCUGAGCGCAGCAGAUCCGCAGCUGCUGCAAGUCCCCGGAGCCCCGAACGGGCCGGGCUGGUGAAUGUGGGGGUGUCAGAGCUCGUGAGGCAGAAACUGAAGUUCCAGCCCCGCUGAUGUGCGCACACCCGGUACCGGGGUGAGCCGCUCCUGCUCGGUGGGUCAGAGAGGAGCUGUGGGCGAUGGCUGUGGCGCUGCGCUGCCUCCGUCCUCUCCCGUCCCUGCUGCUCCGUUCCUCCUUUGCCGGGGCCGGGGGGCUGCCCCGGGCUCCCGGAGGCUGCCCAGCCCCUCUCCUGGAGGGCUGCAGGCAGUGUGUCCAGCAGAUGCUGCUGAGCAGGCAGCUGGCUACCAAAAAAGCUAAAGGUAAAGGGCAGAGUCAAGCCAAAGUGAAUAUCAGUGCUGCCCUAGUUGAGGAUAUUAUCAAUUUGGAGGAAACCAAUGAAGACAUGCAGGCAGUCAUAGAAGCUCUGAAAGAAGAUUUCAGCAGAAAUCUCAGUGUUAGAACCUCACCAGGGGCCCUGGAUCACAUAACUGUGGUGACAAAAGAUGGGAAGUUUCCGCUGAACCAGCUGGGGCAGAUCUCACAGAAGUCACCGCAGCUCAUGAUAGUGAACAUGACCAGUUUUCCUGAGAGCACAGCUGCAGCUGCAAAGGCUAUAAGGGAGAGUGGCAUGAACCUGAACCCAGAGGUGGACGGGACGGUGAUUCGGGUGCCAGUUCCCAAGGUCACGAGGGAGCACAGGGAGAGCCUGGCCAAGCUGGCCAAGCAGUUCACCAACAAGUCCAAAGAGGCCCUGAGAAAGGUGAGAAGCAAAAGCAUCACCCAAGUAAAGAAGUCCAAGAACAAAGUGUCAGAAGAUACCAUCUGGCUGCUAGAAAAGCAGAUCCAGCAAAUGGCAGAUGAAGCUGCCACGGAGAUGGACAAGCUGCUGGCAGCAAAGACCAAGGAGCUGCUUGGAUAAACCCAUCCCAAUGGCCACACUGCCCCUGGAGCAGGAAUGGACUGCCACAGCCCCAGCACCCACCCCUGCCCGGGGCCAGCAGCCUUGGGGUGUGCUGCAGGGAGGGGGGAGCUCUCCCUGCUGUCCUUUAUCCAGCUGGGAACAGAAUUGGAUGAAGUGAGAUCGAAAAUAAAAUAUCAGGAAGGAGAACUGGAAACUGCUGGAGGCCCAGAGGAAGGACUGCCCUGCUCACUUUUGUGCCCCAUCUUUGCCCCACACCUUCAGCCCCCUGGAGCCAGGGCCACGCACGAGAGGAGCCUGCCUGUCCUGCUGCAAACCUCAGCAUUUAUUUCUGCUUGAAAUAAAGUCAAAACGAGGUGUGGAGCAGCAGCCUCACGACAGCCAGGUCCUGGUUGCUGUGUUCCCUUG